UCCUUAGUUUGAGUCCCGCUCCAUUUCAUCAAUUUAGUUAUUGAGAUCUACACAAUCUUGUUUAGCCAAUUUGAGAUGAGGUAUAACAAGAUUGGUGAAGCUACCUCACAUAUAUAUUUUCUGCUUUUGUCCAAGCUAUUCGACCACCCCAUCAAUGACGAUGAAGAAGAUGGACAAGAUUCUCAGCAUCGGCCAUCGACCAUUUCUUCAAUGGUUCUUGAAGAGAUCAAGCAGUUAUACAACAUAGCUCUGCCAAUGAUUUUGACUGGCCUCAUGGUGUAUGCAAAAUCAGCGAUUUCAAUGUUCUUUUUGGGAAAAUCGGGAAAAGGGGAAUUAGCAGGAGGGAGCCUAGCCAUUAGUGUGGCCAACAUUAGUGGUUACUCGGUUAUUGCCGGCCUCGCUUCAGGCAUGGAAGGGAUCUCAUCACAGGCAUUUGGAGCCCAACAAUGGCCUCUCAUGUCUCACAUCCUCCAACGCACUAUCACCAUCCUCAUCCUCACCUCCAUCCCCAUUUCCAUCUUGUGGUUCAAUUGUGAGCCGUUACUUAUCUUUUCGGGCCAAAACCCAACAAUCUCAUCCACGGCCACAACCUACCUCACCUUCUCUAUCCCAACUUUAUUUUUCCAAUCUAUCAUAAAUCCCCUCAGAAUCCACCUUAGAACCCAAAGCAUCACAUUCCCUUUAAUGCUUAGUGCUGCAGUGGCCCUUGUGAUUCACACCCCUGCCAGCUAUAUCCUUGCAUGGCAUUUUGGCUUAGGCAUUCAGGGUGUUGCCGUUGCUGAAACCUUAACCGACAUGAGCUGUCUCAUAACUCUUAUUCUAUACUUGUGUGUUUCAAAUAUCAGCACAAACACAUGGCAAUGGUGGUCCAUCCGAUGUUGCUUCAAUGGCUGGAGCCAAAUUAUAUGUCAAGCAGUCCCAAGUUGUGUUUCUGUGUGCUUAGAGUGGUGGUGGUAUGAGAUUAUGAUUAUCCUAUCAGGGCUUCUCGGUAAUGCAGCUGAAGCUAUGUCUACCAUGGGAAUUAUAAUUCAGGCCACCGCGCUGGUCUACCAAUUCCCCUAUGCAUUAAGUCAAGCUGUUUCGACUCGGGUGGGGAAUGAGAUAGGCGCCAACUAUCCAAAACAUGCUAAGCAAUCAUCGUUUAUUGCAUUGUAUUUUUCCAUUCUCACAGGGCUUAUAAUAUCCACUUUCUUGCUCACAAUGCAUAAUGUUUGGGGGGAAAUCUUCACGGCCGAUCGAGCGGUUAUAUCACUGACUGCUUCUGUGUUGCCUGUGGUAGGGUUGUGUGAGCUUGGGAACUGCCCUCAAACCACCGUUUGUGGUGUGUUGAAAGGUAGUGCGAGGCCGAUGUUGGGUGUGAUGAUCAACUUUGGUGCUUUCUAUGUUGUUGGGUUACCUAUGGCAUUUUUAAUGGCAUUUGUGAUGCAUUUAGGCUUGUUGGGCCUAUGGUUGGGCCUUCUAGCAGCCCAAAUGGUUUGCUUUGUUGUGAUGGUUAUUGUGUUGAUCAGGACUGACUGGGUGGCGCUAGUGGAGAGAUCUAGAGAGCUCACUAGUGCUGGUGUGGAGGAGAUUUUAGCGAACGAAUUCUAUGAGGACUUGGUAUAUGCUAUUAUGCUAGUUAAUUAG